AUGGGUUCUUGCAUUAGUAAAUGCAACCCCCAAAAAGAUUUCCAAGAAGAAGAUAAUAACCAUGAAUGUGUUAAAGAUAAGCUUGUGAUUUCACAAGCUCCCAUAUCUCCAAAAAUUUCUCUUCCUUCUUCUUCUUCAACUAUUCAAAAGCGCGUCUCUUCUUCUCCUUCUUCAUCAUCUUCUUCAGUAUCUCUUUCUUCGUUUUCCUCUAUUGUGACUAACACUACAUUAUCUUCAUCUUUGUCGUCGUCAUCUUCCUCCUCUUGUUUCAAGGAUCGUUCUUUUUCGAACGACUUCUUAUUAUCUUGUGCCCAAGAACACGAUCGUAUACUUGACAUCAAGAAGAUAAAUAAAGGAAGUACUUGUGUUAGUCAAAAUAUGUCAUCAACCAUGUCUUCAAGUAGCAAGAAAUUUUCGCGAUCAUCAUCAUCCUCUUUGUCGAAACCACCAAGUCCUCGAAGAGAGUGCAAUAAUUCUACGACCCCUAAGAAAAGGCCACGUGCCAAUUCGCCAACAAUAGUUCGACAAAAGAGUUUUAGAAAAGAACCUGAUCAACUACUCAAGGGAGGAAAUAUUGGUAAUACUUCAAAUGUUACUUCUACAUAUCAUCAUUUUCCUAGUACUAGAACAACUCUUAAAUCACCAUCUCCAAGUCGAAGAUUUCCUUCGAAUUUGAACGGUGACAGCUCGUUUAGAAGAUCGGUUGUUUCCAACGGGAAUAUUUUAUCAAGAUCGUCGUCUUUGAGAAGAGAUAACCAUAUCAAUAAUAAUCAGCCAGCAAUUACUCCAAAACGUGAAGGAAAAAUGAGAAAUGCACUUCAGGUUUCUCCGAAGAUUGAUGAAAUGGAAAUUGGAGAAGUAAAGUCAAGUCACGAUUUGGACUCCUUGCUCAUGGAGGAUAUUAACAAUCCUCUUAUUGCCUUGGAUUGUUUUAUUUUUCUCUAG